AUGCUACCUCUCACGGUACCACAACCUCUGCUUAAGAGCAUACAACACACGUGCAACACCUUUAUAUGGGACAAUAAAAAGCCCAGGAUCCCUCACAGACUUUUGUACACUCAGGUCAAACAAGGAGGAGUGGGGCUACCAAACAUUAACCAAUACUAUAAAGCCGCGGCGCUAACAGCCGGCAUAAUGUUACACUCUCCUAAAGGGGACAUCAGCUGGGUAGACAUGGAAAACGCCCAACUAAAAACACUAAAUAUAGUUGAUGUCCUAUGGACGCCUAAACACCUACGGAUCCCCAAACUAGACCUAUUUCACUCAACGUCUCUGACACUUAGUACAUGGGACACGUUUAUGGCCACAAUGGGGUGCAAACUUUCCUUCCAUCCCCGGGCACCACUGACUGCCCUAAGAACCGCAUCCCCCAAUCUCCCUCUAACAAGGUGGACUAAGGCAGGAAUCACCAACAUCCAGCACCUAGUAGACAAUAAAGGCGUAAUAGCAUUCGCGGAUAUACAGGCCAAAUGGCACCUACCGAUGAGGGAGGUAUUUACCUACCUAAGACUCAAAGGGACCAUACUGACUCAUGUGAACCUACACGACAACACUCGGGAGCAAUCACUGGUGGCGGGCGGGAUUUUAGACAGAUGCUGGGCCGCACCAAAUAAACCAAAAGCCAUCUCCCUCUGUUACAAAAUGUGGGAGACCACACUACCACAACACACCCCCCUCUGCAAGACUAAAUGGGAGGAAGACUGCUCCCUUCACCUCUCAGAGGACGACUGGGUCAGAGCAAUAAAUAGCCUCUCAAAACUCACUAGAUGUUACACACACAUAGAAGCACAUAGGAAGCUACUGUAUAGGUGGUACAUGACGCCAAGUCGGUUACAUAAAAUAUACCCCAGUGCCACACCGACAUGCUGGAGGUGUUCAAGGGACACUGGUACAUUCCUCCACAUAUGGUGGACAUGUCCAGUGAUACAACCCCUCUGGACAGAGGUUAGGAGAUUGCUGUAUAAAUUGGGCGUGACAAACCUACUACCAAGCCCGCAAACAUACCUCAUGCUUAUGUUCCCCAGUGACCUAGCUAGAGAACACAGACAGGUGUGCGCCAUCACGAUACUGGCGGCCAGGAACCUUCUAGCGACGAACUGGAAGUCGCACCUAUGUCCAUCUAAAACACAACUAUGGGACAAGAUUCAACAAUACCAUGUCUAUGAACGAAUGACGAUGACCCAUAGUAUAGAAUCACAACAGUUCCAUUCAACAUGGAAACAGUGGACAUGCUUAUACGACCAAGCCACAAAUCACCAAAAUCCACCUUGA